CUGUCCAACUUUGAGUACUUGAUGGAGCUCAACACCCUCUCUGGCCGCACCUUCAACGACCUCAACCAGUACCCCGUCUUCCCGUGGGUCCUCGCCGACUACACCUCGCCCUCGCUCAACCUCGCCGACCCCGCCUCGUACCGCGACCUCUCCAAGCCGGUCGGCGCUCUCACCGACGACCGGCUCGCGCAGGUCAUCGAGCGGUACGAGCAGAUGGAGGCCGAGGCGGACAUGCCGCGCUUCCACUACGGCUCGCACUACUCGUCGGCGGGUGCGGUGCUCUUCUGGCUGCUCCGGCUCGAGCCGUACACCUCGUACUCGAUCGAGCUGCAGUCGGGGCGCUUCGACCACGCGGACCGGCUCUUCGCGUCGCUCGAGGAGGCGUGGCACUCGUGCACCACCUCCCUCGCCGACGUCAAGGAGCUCGUCCCCGAGUUCUUCUACCUGCCCGACUUUCUGCGCAACGACGGCGGCUUCGAGCUCGGCGUGCGGCAGGACCACAAGCGGGUGGGCGACGUGGUGCUGCCGAUGUGGGCGCGCAGCGCGGACGACUUCAUCGCGCAGCACCGGCGCGCCCUCGAGUCGGAGCACGUGAGCAGCCACCUGCACUUGUGGGUCGACCUCAUCUUUGGCGCUAAGCAGCAGGGGCAGGCGGCGCAGGAGGCGCACAACGUCUUCUUCUACCUCACCUACGAGGGCGCCGUCGACCUCGAGAGCGUCGCC